AUGCAGUACUAUAACUCCGAAUGCCAAAAGAGCCACAAGGCUACCCGCAAACGCAAUUCCUUUGUCGGUGAUGGACCUCAGCAGGUGUCGUACGGAGGCAGAAAGUACCUCUGGGGCAACAUUCCCGCCAUCGACGUUCUUCAGCUCGUAGCCAACGAAGGCGAAGCUUCUGGCGAAAAGUUGCGCCUCUUGUUUGCCGAUUUCGACGCCUCUGCCGACUGCAUUAUUCACGUCUGGUACUCCGCUUUCCUACGCAAGUCUGACCUCGACAUUCUCCAACAGCGGAUCCGUCCCUUGAUCGAGGAAGUCUGCCACAAGCUAACGGGAAAGUCUACUGACAAGCUCCUGGCAAAGACUUGGACAUACGGCCAGCGUUCCGUGAGGCUCGUGCUGCAGAAGUCCGCUUGGGAUGCUCUCCUGGCCUUCACGGACAAGCCAAAGGAUCUGACGAUGGAGCAGGCAAGAACACUUCGCACCACUCUUGCCGAGGAUCGGAUGGACUUCCGUAAUCGCCAUCUCUGGUUUCAAACCCCUUCUCAUCGGGUUGCAAUGGUUCGCUUUCGUGAAGACGGACUUCUGCUUCCGUUUGGAGCUUCGCAGGUCGACUUCCAGCAGCCCAAUCCUACUAUGUUUCAGGACGCAGAGAGCUGGCCGAUGAAGGACGACGCCGACCCCCUCCAUGGUUGGUUUUCGAAGGAAGUCCAGGAGACCUCGAAUGGACCUGCAUCGGAUGAUAUCUAUGGCAAACUCUUUGUUCACACCCAAGCCCUUCUUUUUGUCUUUCUCGGAAGGCUCCCGGGUUUACAGGCCUCAUUUCAACUGUUCCAGAUGGACGCUUCUGAUGUCCCUGGUCACCUUGAAGCCGGAUCAUACACCCGAAUCGAGGUCUCCAACAUCUCAGACACAGGCUACCUAGGGAUCCAUCGCACGCUCGGCUGCAUGGUUCCUCUGCUCCAGAGCCCUACUGUCAACCGUCACGCGACGGUGAUCACCCUGGUCAUGAAUGCUGUGGAAGAGAACCUCACCGAUUUGGAAAGAUUCUCUGGCAUGAUUCCAGGAGGCGCAACAUGGAUGCGAACCCUUCGAUACCUGUCUCUCACAAACAGACAGCUAGAACCCAAAGAUCCCGUCAUCUUCAAGAUCCUGGCCGCUCAGGACUGCCUCGCGAACCAUGGUGUCGUCUUUUCCCGGUUUCCUCUAAUGUUCAAAUUAUCCGAGGCGCCUCGGAUCGUCGGGGCCGCGAUGAAGGAUGAGCACACCGUGAUCGAGAAGUGGCCAUUCAGAUUGAAGCUGCAGCCUGGACAGCCCGGUGCCCAAGCGGAGUUUAAUCGCCUUGUUGGUGGGGGAGUCCCGAGCAAGGAGUUCUGCCUGGAGUGGAAGAGAGUGUGA